CCCAAGCCCAUCUUGUUCUUUAUUUUGCCCUAGACGUCACCUCUCUUUCCCUCUUCUCUUCACCGCCGCUUAUUUAUAUUUCAUCCUUCUUCCCACUCUCCCUUUCACAGGCUCGCGGAAAAAUGGCACCAAAGAAGGCUGUUGGGAAAGCCUUGGCAAAAAAGAAGCCCGAGAAGGUGGUGAAUCCACUAUUUGAGAAGCGUCCAAAGCAAUUUGGAAUUGGUGGGGCCAUUCCACCAAAGAGGGAUUUGACAAGGUUUGUUAAAUGGCCGAAAGUUGUUCAAAUUCAGAGAAAGAAGCGGAUUCUUAAACAGAGGUUGAAGGUUCCACCAGCUUUGAAUCAGUUCACCAAGACCCUCGACAAAAAUCUUGCUACAAACCUGUUCAAGAUGCUUUUGAAGUAUAGGCCAGAGGACAGAUCACAGAAAAGGGAGCGUCUUCUAAAAAGAGCUCAGGAAGAGGCUGAUGGCAAGCCACAUGAUGCUAAAAAGCCUAUUGUUGUGAAAUAUGGUCUCAACCACGUGACCUACCUUAUUGAGCAGGUGUUGUUUUUAAUUCAUUCAUGUUUAGCUUUUACCUAUUCAGUAGUUAUAACUGUCUGGGGAUUCAAAUAUACUCAUGGCUUAAAACUACUUUUUCAGAACAAGGCUCAGCUUGUCGUCAUUGCACAUGAUGUGGACCCGAUUGAAUUGGUUGUUUGGCUCCCAGCUCUUUGCAGGAAGAUGGAAAUCCCAUACUGCAUUGUGAAGGGAAAAGCACGAUUGGGAUCGAUUGUCCAUAAAAAGACUGCAUCUGUUUUGUGCUUGACGACUGUGAAAAAUGAAGACAAGAUGGAGUUCAGCAGGAUUCUUGAAGCCAUCAAGGCCAAUUUCAACGACAAGUACGAUGAGUAUAGAAAGAAAUGGGGAGGAGGAAUCAUGGGGUCCAAGUCCCAGGCUAAAACAAAAGCGAAGGAGAAGCUGCUUGCCAAAGAAGCAGCUCAAAGAAUGUCUUAGAGAUCGUAGUUGUCCUUUUUUAAUUUGCAGAUUUUGGUUUAAUGGAAAAAAAAAACCACCAUGGAGACUUGGCUAUUAUCUUCAACCUCAGAAUUUAGAAGUUUUGUUUACUUAUUGGUGUUUUGCUGCUUAUUGGCUGAUUUCAGAUCUAAUUUUGAUGUUGCGCAGACCCUUCUACUUUGUUCUUUAUAUUAUAGUGUAAUUUUCUGCAGAUGAAUUUAUUCUUGAGUAAAAUUCGAACUUAGGUUUUUUGUUUUUCAGAUGAAGAGAGAACUUGGGGCAACUGAGGUUUUCGAGGCCCCUCUCUGUUUUAGUCAUCUGAGAAUAAUCUAUCUAUUUAAGAUUUUCUUUCA